GGGACCCCGUCUGUGGACUCUUCUUGGCUUUGCUUCCUGGUCUGAGCUGCCCACCUCAGAGCAGCUCGCCUUCCCAAUGCCACCAUGCCCAUCAUCAGCAACGCCAACCAUGACUUCAGCAACUUGUCCGUCAGUGACGACAGCAGCCUCGAUCGCAUCUUCACCGAGAUUCCCGAGACCGAGACCAUCAAGGGUGUGUACUACCAGAGGGCUCAGUUCAUCCGGCGCCCAGAAGACUUGGUCUCCGUCGACCACGCCCUGCUGGCGGUGAUCAACGUUGGGGGAAACCGCUACACCUUUCCCUGGAGCACCCUGGAGCAGUUCCCCCUCACGCGACUCGGCCGCCUCUGCGGCUGCAGGUCGCCCGAGGACAUCGCCAGCGUCUGCGACGACUACGACGAGGCCCGCAAGGAGUUCUUCUUCGACCGCUCGCCGUCUGCCUUCAGGGUCAUCCUCAACUUCCUGGCCGCGGGGAAACUGCGGCUGCUGCGAGAGAUGUGCAUCCUCUCCCUGCACGACGAGCUGACUUACUGGGGGGUGGAGAUGGCGUACAUGGAGCGGUGCUGCAAGCGGAAGAUGUACACCCGCAUCGAGGAGGUGCACGAGCAGGAGAGGCGCGAGGAGGAGCGUCGGCAGAGGAACGCCAUGCAGCGGGUGCCGGUGGAGGAGACGCAGUAUCGAAAAAUGAUGAACUGGCUGAGAGACACGGUGGAGAACCCGCAGUCCGGUUUGCCGGGGAAGAUCUUCGCCUGCAUGUCGGUGAUCAUGGUGGCGGUGACCGUCAUCAGCCUGUGCAUCAGCACCAUGCCAGACCUCAGAGAGGAGGAGGACCGGGGCGAGUGUUCCCCCAAGUGUCGCAACAUGUUCAUCAUCGAGACGGUGUGCGUGGCCUGGUUCUCCCUGGAGUUCAUGCUGCGUUUCAUCCAGGCUCGCAGCAAGCUGGACUUCCUGCGCGGGCCGCUCAACAUCAUCGACGCCAUGGCCAUCCUGCCCUACUACGUCUCGCUGGUGGUGAAAGAGGAGGACCCGAACAUGGAGCAGGAGCGGUCGGGAGGUAAGGGAUACUUGGACAAGCUGGGCCUGGUGCUGCGGAUCCUGCGGGCGCUGAGGAUCCUCUACGUGAUGCGGCUGGCCCGGCACUCCCUCGGCCUGCAGACGCUGGGGCUGACCGUGAGGCGCAGCACCCGAGAGUUCGGCCUCCUGCUGCUUUUCCUCUGCGUGGCCGUCACCCUCUUCUCGCCGCUGGUCCACCUGGCCGAGAGCGAGCUGACGGGCGCCCACGACUUCAGCAGCAUUCCCGCCUCCUACUGGUGGGCCAUCAUCUCCAUGACGACGGUGGGCUACGGCGACAUGGUGCCGAGGUCCAUCCCCGGACAGGUGGUGGCGCUGAGCAGCAUCCUCAGCGGCAUCCUCAUCAUGGCCUUCCCCGCUACCUCCAUCUUCCACAUGUUCUCCCGCUCCUACCAGGAGCUCAAGAUGGAACACGACCGCUUGUUCAAAGAGGAGUGCGCGGCCGCCGCGGCCGCCGCCGCCAUCACGGGGGAGCUGCAGGAGGCGGGGGGCGAGGGGGGAGGGGAGAACUCCGCCCCGUCUGGGCUGGGAACACGUCUGGACAAGGAUAGCGUGCACUCUCUGGAGUCUCUGGCUCUCCUCGGGAAAAGCUGCGAGGCCGCGGGGAAUAACAACCACAGCCUUCCUGCAGCGGCUUUCUGAACUGUUUUCACACUGACUGACUCAAUCCACCACUUCCAGGAGUCCAGUACUAUCCGAACUGCAGAUCAAGGAAGAGCCCAGGUUCUCUGGAAACCCGGCUGGCCAUGCACCUUGGAGAGCAUGAGUGCUGCGUUGGGACAAAAAGGAACUACACACAAAGCAUUUCUUGGAGGAAUGUGCACAGAAAGUGAAGGAUAUCAAACCCUUUAAAUCAGACGGUCUGACCAGAAAGCCUCUGCAGCAAUAUUAGUGACAAGCUGCUUCCAUAAACAUGCAAUAUUCAAUCCAAAGUUGCUUUUCCUUCCACUGUGAAAAUAAUUCUAAGCCUGACUGCAACCUUUAGGGUUCAUUCUCCUUAUUUUUGUUAUGUUGCCUACAGUAUGAUCUGAAGAUGUACCCCAUACUGUAUACUAUUUUGCCAUGAAUUUUAAAGAGUGCUCCUCUUAGUAUAUUUUUGAGAAGCUUGAAGCCAUGUUCUCACAAUAAGUACAAACCAUUUGGUAGUUUGAACAAUAUAUAUAUAUAUAAUGUAUAUCCAUCUAUCUCUCAUGUAUAUUUGUAUGCUUGGACUGAAAGAUAUGAUGCUUUCUCUACUCUCUGCAAACUGUGUUGCUUUUUUUUUUUUAAUCAAUGAAGAAAAGACAAAACAGAGCGAGAAAGAGAUGAGUGUUUGUUUAAGAGAUGAAGGAUGUUGUGUGCAAGAAAGAGAGCGAGCACUAACAACCAUGAAAUGUACUUUACAACGCUCCAAAUAAAAGUUCUCCCAGUAAUCUGAGAGAAAUCCA